CAGGUGCUGUCCUCGCUCGCAGACGUGCUGGCGGGGCAGCGGCGCAUCGAGUGCAAGCUCGCGGGGCUCGAGAGGGCCCUCGGCGACGGCGGCCUCCCCUCGCGGGCCGCCGCCGCCACGGGCGAGGACGUCCUCCCGCUCCCCAGCCCUCCCGACGGGGACCCGGCGCUGGCACCGGGGCACAGGGCCCCCUUCGUGCCCGAGGCCGCCGCCGCGAGAGGCGACCCGCCCCGAGACCCGGGUGCGGCGUGGCGGGCUGGCGAGGCCAAGGGCCCGGGGGCGCUGCAGCUGGCGCACCACGUGUGGCGCGAGCACGGCGUGUGGAGCCCGGAUCGCCUCGCCGCCGUGGGCGAGGCGGACCAGUGGCCGAGGAACGUCCAGCUGCGGCCCGAGGUCGUCGAACUGCGGAACCACCGCGGCAGCCGGCCGGACAGCGUCACCAACUCGGAGUUUUUGCAGAGCGCCGGCCGGCUGCGAGCGGGCCUCCUCACCAGGGGCACCCUCGGGAGGACGACGAUGUUGCCGAGCAGCACCAGGUACGAUGGGGUCGCUCUGGACCCCGAGUGGAGAGGGCGCCGGUUGAUCGACUGCCUCAGCCUGCUAGCCCUCUUUCACGACUUGGUGACCGUUCCUUUCGCGCUGGCGUUCGACAUCGCCUUCCAGGGCUUCUUCCGCACGGCGUCCUGGGCGGCCGCCGCGUUCUGGGCCGUGGACCUGGCGAUGGGGCUGGUCACCGGCUACUACAAGGACGGCGAGCUCGAGCUGCGCCUGCGGCCAGCCAUGAAGCACUUCUUGAGGACCAGAUUUGCCCCGUACAGCGCCCUCCUGUUCUGCGACGUCGCGAGCAACCUCAUCGACGAGAGCAUUUCCUCGGCCCCGAUGGCGCUGAGGGCGAUCCGCCUCUUCGGGCUGCUGCGGGUCCUGCGGUUCGCCAAACUGGUGGGCGACUUGGUGGAGCGCGUGCUGGUGGACGCUUGGCGGCUGGUGCUCCGGGGAGUGGAGGUCUUCUUGGUCAUCAUAUGGCUGAACCACUUGUUCUCGUGCUGCUGGUACUACAUAGGCCGGAAAGCCCACAGCGACACGGGCGGGCGCUGGUUCGAUUCUUUGGACGUGGCCGGGGACGUUCCCAGUGGCACCCUCGACCCCGUCGGGGAGUUCGAGCGCGCCAGCGACCUGUACCGCUACAUGACGUCGCUGCAUUGGAGCAUGUCGCAGCUUACCGCCGGCGGCGUCGAGGGGAUCACCCCCCUGAACAGUGCCGAACGCCAGUUCAACAUCUUCUGCCUCCUGUUCGGCCUCCUCUUCGGGAGCUCCCUAGUAUCGACCCUGUCCGCCACCAUGACGCAGCUGAAUAUGAUGAAGCAGGAGCAGACGCAGAAGCUGCUCCAGCUCCGGCACUUCCUGGACCAGCACUCCAUCUCCCCCACUCUGUGCGUCCGCGUUCAGAGGCAGGUGAUGCAGCGCAUGAGCAAGAGGCCCCAGCUCACCGACAAGGACGUGCUCGCGCUGUCGCUCCUCUCCACGGAGGUCCAUGCGGACCUGCGCCUCGAGCUGAUGGGCCCGCAUUUGAUGCGCCAUCCGGUGCUGCUACUGAUCUUCAGCAUCAGCGAGGCAACCAUCCGGAUGCUGUGCCGCGACGCCGUCGAGAUGAUGGUCGUAGCUAUGGGGGACACCGUCUUCGAAGCUGGGAAGGAGGCGGAGACCGCUUACUGUGUCAUGGACGGGUCCGUCCGCUACGAGUCGGCGGCAGAGGGAGGGAAGAUCGCUCUGUCGGAGAUCGAGAUGACAAAGAAGCCGCCGACGCGGGCAUGCGGGCCGGGCACCUGGCUUUGUGAGGUCGCGCUGUGGACGCGCUGGACGCACGUGGGCACCUGCAGAUCGCCGAAGAUGACGCAAUUGCUCACGCUCUGCGCCGAGUCGAUGCUCCGCAUCCUGCUCCGGGCCCACGUUGUGAGGGACGUAGUUGUGGAUUACUGCAAGCAGUACCACAAGCGGGUCGUGUCGGCAGUCCCGCCCAGGCACACCUAUCCGACCGACUUGGAUGUGGCAGGCACAGAUUUCUGCGAGCUGGUGCUGCGGAUGGACCCGGCGACGCAGCUCAUCGCGGGGGAGGCGGCCCUCCGCGUGCUGGGAGACAGCCUGGACAAGCGGAAGAUCGCGAGGCUGGAGUCGGAGCUCCACGACGGGAGGUCCUGCAUCAUGAUGGACGGCGAUGAGAUCCAGCGAGCCGUGGAGGUGUCGGUGUUGCACUUGGAGCGGGACGACCACUGCGUGCUGGCCCAGGUGGGGAAGAUGACCAGCGACGGAGCGGAGCCCGUCUGUCAGCUCCCGGGCGCGAAGCAGCGGCAGGCCGAGCCGCCUUCGGAGGCAGUGCAGCGCAUCCUGUCCAACAUCGCCGGCCUCGUCCCCAGCAUCGUGCUCGACGGGGCCGACCUGGAGGUCUACUGGAAGGAGUCGCCGUCCUUCGGCAUCCGCACCAAGUACUUCCGCACCAGGCACUACGGCAGCGUCGAGCUCGGCGCACCCCCCGCGGAGGGGCCGCCGAGGGGCGGCGCGGUGCGCGCCGUGCCCCUGAAGGAGCUGCAGCACAGCGGCGAGCGCGAGGAGGAGCUGGAGACGGUGCGCACCGUGGCCAGCACGCUGCAGGUGUACCUGCUCUCGACGGGGCCGGACUCGGGGAAGCUGUAUGCUUGGCUGCCGCUCGAGGACCUGGAGAGCCUGAGCAGCCGCGCGGGCGCCUUCAUCCUCAGGAAGUGGAUCGGCCUGCUCGACUUCUCCGCCGUCAACUGCGCGCCGACGACGGAGGGCGAGCCCCCCGAGCGCCACCCCUCUGAGUCCUGGGAGCUGGACCUGCCCCGGGCCGCCCCCUCCGCCACGCUGCCGCGGCAGCUCCUGGAGAAGAAGACCUCCUUCGCGUCGCUGGCGAUGGCGCAGGAGGCGACGAUGCGGGCCCCAGCGCAGACGCCGUGGUCGUGGCUCCGCGGCCACGUCUUCUCGGCGCCCGGCGGCGGCGGCGCCCGCGCGGCCACGGCGCCAGCCUCGGCGGGGCGACGCGUGCGGCCCGUAGCAGACGGGGCGCUGGGCGAGGCGGAGGCCCCGCCGCCGCCGCGGGACGCCUCCGGCCCAGAGCGAGGAGCCGUUCGGCGUGGAGGCCGUCCAGGCCUUCGGCGAGGCGAGGGACCCCGUGCAGGACUUCGGCGAGGAGCCGUUCGUCGUCCAGAGUCUCAGCGAGGACUUCGAGGCGCUGCGCCUGCUCGCCGUGCACGAGGAGGGCGCGGAUGACCCCCCGGAGCUGGCCAUGUGCAGCAGGGGCACCGACUGCUCCGUCCAGACCAUCCAGGAUCAGGGCCGAUUGGAGUAGGGGGCGCGCUCCUUCCCCGACUGGUCCCCCCCUGCGCGGCCUUCCCUCCGCGCAGGAGUUCGGCACUGAGAGCGAGCGGCUAUCCAGGGUGCCGCGGCCGCCGCACCCCGAGGGCCUGCCGGGGGCCUGCCAGGAGGCCUAGGAGCCGAGGGGGCCGCCGCCGGCGAGGUGCCGCGGCGCGCGGGGCCCCCUCGAGCUCCUCGGCGCCUCCUCGGGCACCGCAGCGGCCGAGGGGCCUUGGCCGUGGCAACUGCUGGCCAGGCCUCGGCCGCGUGGCUGCGGGGGGCCGCCCUCGCUGUGGGGGCUCUGGCCCGCGCUCGGUGCUGGGACGUUUUCCGAAUUGGCUGCUGCGCCCUGCUCCUUGCCCCUGGCCGUGCGGGCGCUCCGGCUUCCACGGCGAGCGCUGAGUUUUCACCCGCGCACUGCCUGCCUGCCUCUUGGCUGUUCGCCCCCCCCCCUGUCUGCAGGCUUCUCGUCGCCUCCUCUUCACUCCCCUUCUCCUCUCUCUCGGUCUCUUGUCUCGCUAUUCUCGGCUGUUCACCCUCCUCCUCCUUCCUCGUAUCCGUCGCGUUGCAUUUAUAGUUCUGGCCGUUUGGUCGCCCCGCCACGCGGCCCCCGCGCGCGCAGACCGCCCUCGGCCCCCGGCCAAGUGUGGAAUCUCGGAUCGCCGA